AGGCGUGAUCCUUGCAAAAAAGAUGGUAGUCUCGAGGUUGCUGUUGUCUAUCUUCUUUUACAAUUACUGCUUUAUCCUUGCUGUUUCUUCUGAGCCGAAUAGAUCCAAUUUGUCCCGGUUGAGCCCAGGAUUGAGUACAGUUGAAGGGCCCGGCGUGGACGGGAAGAGGCAGCCAUUACCAAUGGAAUACUUUUAUGUUCAGUUGAUGAAUGAAGGGGGAGAGAAGUUUAAAGGGGCUAUCGAUGAAUCACUCCUUACUAUUGAUUUUAUUUCUUCCCCCGAGUCUCGUGUUUUUGUCAAUAAAAAGAUUCAUUACUUGAGGGAAGGUUUAUUUGCUGUUCGGUACAGACUGCAUCGCGAGGUAGCGUCAUUAUCUAUAUCAGUAAAAUAUAACAAUCAACAUAUCGGAGACUCACCCUAUACUAUUGGUAAAGCACUUGUGGAUAAGUGUUUUUGUCCAGAGAGAACCGUGAAGCAAUGGCUAAAAGAUUUCAAGUGUCCAUCGUCGUAUAGGCAGGUUGAUGAUAGUCUAGCCCUUUAUAAGAGCAAGGGAAUCAAACUGAGUCAGUUACCAGUGAGACUAGCCAACGAGUUCUCCAAUACUCAUGGCAUUCAUUACUCUAUCGUUAAUAAUAAAUUGUAUGGGAAGACAUUUGGUACCAUCACAGAUUUCAGGGCCAUGUCUGAUAUGAUACUAACUUCAAUGCUGAACAAGGCACAGCUCCCAGAUAUGGAGUUCAUAGUUCAAGUCUCAGAUUGGCCGCAGGAUAAGAAUGAUCCUAAGAAGGAGCCAUUCCCAUUCUUCUCCUGUUGUGGUUCAGAAUACUAUAGAGACAUUGUAUGGCCUCAGUAUGACCUAAUGAGACAUACAGUACAAGCCAUGGACAGGGUUGAAUUAGAUAUGAUGUGGUUACAACAAGGUCUUUCCCUUCCCUGGAGUGAGAGGAUUCCUAAAGCUUUCUUUCGAGGGCGAGACAGUAAUAAAGUUCGUUUGGACUUCGUCAGUAAAUACCGGAAGAAGACUGACCUUUUCAAUGUGACGCUUGAC